UCUGAAUCCGGAUCGGCGUGCCGACGACACCGAUGCCUGUGCCCACAGACUGAUCACAGGGCUUUUACCCGAACAGCACUGAAUGGUAGCAGCUGAGACACGGGUGCGGAACGAGGGUUGCCAAAACCCGGAGGAUUUCUCACGGCUCACGGACUAGAAUGCUCUUCUUUCCGUAUCCCCCAUACACGGAUGACGAGCUCCAAACAGACCUACAGUGAAAACUUUCAGCUCUACAUCUGACGUGGGGGUGUUAUUGAGAUUUUCUGACCAAGUCCAAGAACAGACAUCAUGCAGGUGCAAACUGUGGGCUAACGUUACUGAAAUGACUUGGUCGGCGCUGACGCGUUUCAUUGUGCCAUGCCAACCCCGCAUUGUCAGAUGCCAUUUUACUCUGCGUUAUCCCAGCGUCUGGAAUUCCAACAUACUGGGCCUGUCGUGUAAUUAGAAGUUCGCAAGGCAGUAGCAAACAAGCUGGUGCAAUGAGAGGCUACGCUGUCCAAGUAAUUGUGCGCAAUUUGUGCUGAAGCUUAUGGGUCCUGCGUACUCAAGCUCCCGGCUUCCACUUGGAGAGGUGUGCUGCGGGGCUACGGCGCACUGGCUGUCGGCUUCACAUCUGGACCGCCUGCCUACUGUCAUCUGCGGCCUGUUCGGACUGUGCGCUCCCUGAACUUGUGUGUUUAAGGGGAACUGGUCGAGCUCGCCUCGGAUGGUGUCGUGUUAGGGAGAAGGGCUGCAUAUUUGGCUAGGGCUUGACGUUAUCGGUGAUCCACUGGAACACCGUGGUCCAAAGCUGGACUGGCUGACUACUAUAGGAAAAAACGGUUGACAAGCUAUGGAUUUUGCGUAGCGAAGUCACGCAUUUUUAAAGGCAACGCUAGGGUGACAUUGCAGUCUUCUCACCACAUCGGUUAUUUCGUCGUCCGACAAAAAAAUAAAAGAGUGAAAGUGGAGUAUUGUCCGUCAUACGUAUCAACGCAGUGGGAUUUCUACGUCUGGUCGGCGUCCCCCCCCACCCUUCCCGCGGUGACGGUUAUGGGUCGGAAGCGGUGUGUCGGUGCAGAUUGUUCCAAGAUGGCGGCCGGGUGCUGCGGGGUGAAGAAGCAGAAACUGUCGGGCUCGCCCGGGUCGGGGGGUCCCGGCGGGGUGGGGGCGGGAAGCGGGGUGGCAGGAACCGGACAUUGUGGAUCAGAUUUGGGGAUUGGCUCCUCCGCGACCGUUGCAGCAGCGGCGAACGUGAGCAGAGCCAACGGCCUGGGGGGACCCGGGGGUAACGUUAGCGGCAGCAGUAGUAGUAGUGGUAGCAGCAGCACAAACGCUCUGUCCCCAGCCCCGGCCGGUUACUCUUCAUCCGGUCUCUCCCCGAAUCUCAGCCCGGGACCUGGUUCGGGAAGUGGAGGCAGAAAAAUGGUUGUCUCAGCGGAGAUGUGCUGCUUCUGUUUUGACGUGCUUUAUUGCCAUCUGUACGGAUACCAACCUCCGAGAACACCCAGGUUUACAAAUGAUCCCUACCCGCUGUUUGUCACAUGGAAAAUAGGCAGAGACAAGCGGUUGAGGGGUUGUAUAGGUACAUUUUCUGCCAUGAAUCUGCACUCAGGACUCAGGGAGUACACCCUUACCAGUGCCCUUAAAGACAGCCGCUUUCCCCCAAUGACAAGGGAUGAGCUGCCUCGCCUCUUCUGCUCAGUGUCUCUUCUCACCAACUUUGAAGACGUCGGUGAUUACCUUGACUGGGAGGUGGGUGUUCACGGUAUUAGGAUAGAGUUUUUCAAUGAAAAAGGAUCAAAGCGCACCGCCACCUACCUACCAGAGGUUGCAAAGGAGCAAGGUUGGGACCACAUUCAAACCAUAGAUUCCUUACUACGAAAGGGAGGUUACAAAGCUCCCAUCACAAAUGAAUUCAGGAAGACCAUUAAGUUAACCAGGUACCGUAGCGAGAAGAUGACAAUGGGUUAUGCAGAGUACAUCGCCCACCGCCAGCACCAUCACUACCAGAACGGCAUUGGGCACCCUCUACCACCCUACAACCAUUAUUCCUGACAGCGAGCCGCAUGACCAAUCAUUGGACCUCUCCGCGGACCUUUUCCCAGGAGAGCCUGCCCCCUCCUGGUCUAGCUAUUUUUACUACUGUACCAUUUUAUGAUGAUAGUUUCCGUUGCCAUGCUGGCCGUCUUCUAGACGUUGACAUGGCAACGGGUGGCAACAGAGCAUCAUUUGAUCAGGCAAGAAAAUCCACAUUUUUCUUUUUAUUUGCCUGUGGUUAAUUUUUGCAGCAUAUGUAUACCUAUAUCUAUAACCCCCUUCAUUCAUAUUUUUGAAAAUUAAACAAAUACUAGAUUUUAUUAAUCUUAAGUCUUUUGAGCAAACCUAAUCAGGUGUUUGAUUCUGUGGAUGGAAGGAAGUCUCUUUACGGUGGAUUAGCACUUAUAUUGUUUAGGCUUUGCUACAAUUUAACAUUUACUAAGAAACAUCUUUUUUUUUUUCUUUCUUAUCUUCCUAUCAGACAUGUAUACCAUGUAGCAAGGCAACUGCAGUUCCCAAAGGCUGUGUCGUCUCUAUUACGAUUCCUCUCAAAAAAAAAAAAAAAAUAGAUUGUUAAGGUUGGUUUAGCCUUGUAAACUCUUGUAGUGUUGUAGUUGGAUCUAUAUAAUGGGAUUGUAUACUCCAAAGUUUAGAUUGUAGGAUUGUGAUGCCACUUCAUCAGCAUAUGCUGGUAACGUUUAUUGUUUGAGCUCACAAUUGUGUGUGUAUUUCUGUGUGUGGAUAAAGACAUUGGUCUGCCAGAAGAUGAAAACCAGUACAGUAAACUAGAAAUUGGAUAUUACCAAAAAAAAAAAAAUUCCUUAGGGAGAUUUUUGGACCUCCCACCUGCCCACUCGGAGUAAUUUUAGUGUUUUGUGGUGGAACCUGUAAACCUUGAACUGCGUAGGUUUGGCUAUGUUCCUUUUUUUGUUGAUCUUUUCAUAUAUAAGGUGAACUGCGGAGAAAGCCAUUUUGUCUGAGGAUAAUCAUGUCUGCACAAGUGAUUUAAUUAUCAAUGUAAAAAUGCUACAGGUGGGUCUGAACCCCCUCCGUUAAGGGAUGCAUACCCUUUGUUUAAAAAAGGGGGAGAAGGCGUAACUGCAGCUUCUGUAAGAAAAAAAAAAUGCAUGAACAAUGCUUUCAAUUAAAUUUACUGCGUCUGUUGGUUUCUCAGUUUACUGGCAGGGAGUCACUUGACAGGGAGACGCUAUAACUACUUAAAGCCAUAUUCUCUUCUUAUUCCACACUUUAUAAAAGUAGUCGGUUGUUUGGCUUGAAGUAUUUGCAUUCAGUGCCACGUAACUGGUAACCUCUGAUGUAUUAGGUAUUCGAUGUUUGAAUGCAAACUGACACCAGCCAGCCUCAUACUCGUCGAACCCAGUGUUUCGGUCAUUCGUCAGACAUCCUGUAACAUUGCUUGUGUCAUAGUGGAAACAUUGUCUUGCCUUUUCAGACUCUAGCUAACCAUCGUCACUAGUCCACAAAAUAUGAUGUACUGAAAUUGUCCUUUUUGAAUGAAAACCCACCACCUGACGCACAAAGGAAGUGAUCUAAUUAACAUGUUUGUGUCAUUUAGUUGUGCAUGUCAUUGUGCUUGUUAGAUUGAGAGACUGAAGCGGUCGCAGUAUCGCGGCUGUGGAUUUUGUUGUCGAAACUGCACUACUUCCCUCCCUAUCUAAAUGUUCUGCUGUUCAGUGAGACCCUGAUGAUGUGCGUGUCCACAGCACGGGGAAAAUGUAGAUCUGUGGUUUGUUUUGUCAGCUGUUUGGCAGUAGGUUAGAGCAAACACAAUUCAAUUAGUCUGAGCAGAAUCUCUGCAUGGAGCCCAGUGGCAUGCAGUCGAGGUCUACAAAUCAAAAGCCAGACUUAAGAAGCCAUUUCCCAUCCAGACGUUGCUUGUUGUGAGUCACAUCCACACACACUAGGCUAGUGGGACUUACUGUCGAGGGUCAUCAUGUGACCCUCCCUCACUUCGGGUUUUGGUUUUAGUUCUGCUAACUGGAAUUUUUGAGAGGUUCUUGUUACUUGACCAACAUCUUCCUUUGUAACAGCCUUUACUAACUGACAGGUUAUUUUUCUUUAUGCAAAAUGUCAAGGGCUUUUGGCACUCCAUCCACAGUAACCCGAAAUGACCCAGAUUUAAGUUGUGUUGCCUUAAAUGAAUGAUUUAAUAUGAUGGACCAGUAGAUGAUACUGAGUGUUCCUCUGUCCCAUGGUGGGCACUUUCCCUAUCUUUACACCACAGGAUAGCAAAGAGAUGAAGUUUUCCUCACUUUGAUGCUAGUGCUAAUACUUCUCUAGGGCUCCUGAAUGCCUGCAGUCUCCUGUUCGCUUCCAUCUUACUCUACUGCUGGUCCUUCAUACAUUUAAUUUUUGUAGAGCCACAGACAGACUUCAGAAACACACAUUGUGUGAAGAUUCUGUCGCACAUUGUGUGUCAUUGCCCUAAAUGCCCAAACCAUGGGACGAGGGUUUCAUAGCUCCAGUAAAACGUACGCUCUAUGACAAAUACACUACAUGAGUUUCCAAGAGGAACAGUCAGACAUUCAUCUCCCGGUCCAUUUAAUACAGCACAACCUGAAUUUUUCUGCUGCAAAACCAAAUUGACCAUGCUCUUUUACAUAAAUGUCUUUGUAUAAACAUGCAAUGUAUUUUGUUGCAUGUAUGUAUGAGUAUGAGACCUAUGGUUUUAUCCAUGAUAUGCUUGAUCUAUGGCUUAGACACUCUUAUUAACCAUUAAGAGAUUUAAAAGACAAAUAUGGUGCUAUCGGACCUCAUAUUGGGGUGGUCACAGCUCGUGACUGGUCAUGCGGACUCAUUGAUCAUAUCAUACUUAAAGAUGCUACAUGUAAGAUUUUCUCUUUGGUAUAUUACUGUGAAAUUAGCUAUGACGGCGCAUUUUUAUUACCGAAGGACGUGACUGUCACCAAUACAAACAGUAGCCCUGAGAAUCUCUGCUUUCAUUUCUGUGCACUGUGGGAUUUGGGAUCAGUUCCCUAUGGGAAAAACAGACACGCCAAAUGAAGAAGGAAAAGUCCCAGCAGCAAACAAGUCCAGGGGGCUAUGGAAUGUACUGUUAGCGGUCGUCAUAAUGAUUUAACGGGGGUAUAUUAAGAGAAAAUCCUACAUGUGUUACCUUUAAUAUCCUUGAUAUAUGCAGAUCUGUUCAACAGGUGUUUUUUGUUUUCCUACCAGUGCAAGUCAACACCCCUGCAGGUUUGAAAGGACAAGAAGUCACAUGUUAACCCUCUUCCCUGUUUACUCCCUACACUGUGGCCCAACUUUAUGGCCUAGUAUGUUAAGGUGUGACAUGUGUUGUUCAGUAGAUAGUGGCGGCCAUCCUCCUCUGGAAGAUUGGCUGCAGCCUGUGUUUUUCCUCUAGCUGCUGAAUUGUUUGACCUCCUCUAAAAAGGUUUCUUAUUCAGUGGAUGGUCCUGUAAUCACUGAAGGAAGCAUCUCUUAAGAUGGGACGCAGAGUUAUUGUUUUACAUAGAACAUGCAGAAAACUAGUCCUACUUCUGUACUGAUUAACUGUUUAAAGCAUUGAUACCUCAUGGGAUAUUAUGGAACGGCAUUUGUAGUUUGUUGUAGCAGAUUGUGUUUUGGUUCCAUACCAGGGUUAGAGUUCAGCCUCAGCAUUCCUUGUGUGGUCAUUCUCAUAUGUCGUGGAAUGCUCAAGCUCGUGUUACCUUCGUAUGUUUGACUGAACCAAAGAUGCCAGCGGCCAUGCCCAAAUGCUGCUCUUCAGGCCUGGCUUCCUGUCCUUCCAAAAAACACCCCUGCAUAUGACAAAAUGUUCUUUAUGUCUUUUUUUUUUUUUUUUUUGUGCGAUUUCUCAACUGUCUAGACUUAUGAAGCAACCUGAUGUUUCAAUGAAUUUUCAUUGAGUCUAUCUCUGAAGCUGUUUAUAAGCUUCACGGAUGGUUAAAAUGGUUGCAAAUCGUUGUUACUUGUUUUGUUUAUUAUUAUUAUUAUUAUUAUUAUUAUUAUUUAGUAUUAUUGCUAUAAUUUACAAAAAUGAAAAUCCCAUGGUGUGCCUCCUAGCUUUAUGGGUUUAUAAAUGUUUUUUUCCCUAAAGACCAGCAGUUAUACUUUGUAUAAAAGAUGGAUUUUCCUUAUUUUUUAUGCCAUUAAAGAUGAAAAAGCCUGUUUUCUUUACUCUGGACCCAGUAGCUGCACUGGUAUACAAUCGCACUGAUAGAUGAAUUAAAAAAAAAAAAAGGAAUAAAUGAAUCAAUAAUAAUAAUGAUAAUGACAAAUGAAAUAAGAACUACAAUAAACUUGUGUUUGAGACUUUUAUUAAAAAACACUUUAAAACCCUAAAAAAAAGAAAUGACUGUUUUUGUACAUCAAAAUAAAUUCUUUUCAAAAGAAUAUUUUGGAUCUAGUUUCAAAAUUAUUUUAGUGGUUUUCUAUGUUCUGAAUUUUUGAGACACUGACUUCUAAGAUGUGUCACUGUACAAAAUGAAUUUUUUCUGUUGCAGUGGCCUGAUGGGCUGGGAGGGUUACCUGGUGUAACUCCUCAUACCAACUUUUUAUUUCUUUUCCUUUUGACUUUUUUUUUUUUUUUGGGGGGGGGGGGGGGGGAUCUUUGUUUCUCUGAUUUAGUAACUUGAAAAUGUUGACGGAAUAAUACGAACUGGGAAUUUAAAACUCAUCCCCUGUAGAGCUAGACCCUUCCUCCUUUCCUAUUGAAUUGCUGUUAGUGUGACAAGACUUGAAAUGGGCAUUUAUUAUGAUAGUAUGACUCCAAAAGAAAAACAAACACA